CCGGCCCCUCCCCAGCCCGCCGCCCGCCCGCCCCCGGGGCCGCCGGCGGUGUCCGCGCCUCCGCGCCCGCCCCUGAUUUCCUCCGCACGGCGGCGGCGGCGGCAGCGGCGGCGGCGCCUCGUGCGCGUGGUUAUUUAUUUAUUUCCGGGCCCCAGAGCGCUUAUAAUGGAGCCGCUGUCAGCAGAACCUUCUGCUGCCGCCGCCGCCGCCGCUGCCGCCGCUGUCCCUCCUCUUUUUUUUCCCGGCAGAUCUUUGUUGUGUGGGAGGGCAGCGGGGAUGGACUUGAGCUUGCGGAUCUCCUGCUAGAGCAGCCGCGCUUGGAGAGGGCGCCGCAGCCGCGAGGAGGAGCCGCCGCCGCCCCGAGGCCCCGCCGGACCCGGCCUCCGUCCGCCCGCGCCCCCGCUCGGCCCACUCGCCCCGCGCCUCCCGGCAGAGUCCCCUCGCGGCGGCAGAUGUGUGUGGGGUCAGCCCACGGCGGGGACUAUGGUGAAAUUCCCGGCGCUCACGCACUACUGGCCCCUGAUCCGGUUCCUGGUGCCCCUGGGCAUCACCAACAUAGCCAUCGACUUCGGGGAGCAGGCCUUGAACCGGGGCAUUGCUGCUGUUAAGGAAGAUGCGGUGGAAAUGCUGGCCAGCUACGGGCUGGCGUACUCACUCAUGAAGUUCUUCACGGGUCCCAUGAGUGACUUUAAAAACGUGGGCCUGGUGUUUGUGAACAGCAAGCGAGACAGGACCAAGGCUGUCCUGUGCAUGGUCGUGGCCGGUGCCAUCGCCGCCGUCUUCCACACCCUGAUAGCUUAUAGUGACUUAGGUUACUACAUUAUCAAUAAACUGCAUCAUGUGGACGAGUCCGUGGGGAACAAAACGAGAAGGGCCUUCCUGUAUCUUGCUGCCUUCCCUUUUAUGGAUGCCAUGGCAUGGACCCACGCUGGCAUUCUCCUGAAACACAAAUACAGUUUCCUGGUGGGAUGUGCCUCGAUCUCAGACGUCAUAGCUCAGGUCGUUUUUGUAGCCAUUUUGCUCCACAGUCACCUGGAAUGCAGGGAGCCUCUGCUCAUCCCCAUCCUUUCCUUGUACAUGGGCGCCCUUGUGCGCUGCACCACCCUGUGCCUGGGCUACUACAAGAACAUCCACGACAUCAUCCCCGACAGGAGCGGACCGGAGCUGGGGGGGGAUGCAACGAUAAGGAAGAUGCUGAGCUUCUGGUGGCCCCUGGCUCUCAUCUUGGCUACACAGAGAAUCAGUAGACCGAUCGUCAACCUCUUUGUUUCCCGGGACCUUGGUGGAAGUUCUGCAGCAACAGAGGCGGUGGCAAUUUUGACAGCCACAUACCCUGUGGGUCACAUGCCAUAUGGAUGGCUGACGGAAAUCCGUGCCGUCUACCCUGCUUUUGACAAGAAUAACCCCAGCAAUAAACUGGUGAGCACCAGCAACACGGUGACAGCCGCCCACAUCAAGAAGUUCACGUUCGUCUGCAUGGCCUUGUCACUCACGCUCUGUUUCGUGAUGUUCUGGACCCCCAACGUUUCCGAGAAGAUUUUGAUAGACAUCAUCGGAGUGGACUUCGCCUUUGCAGAGCUCUGCGUUGUCCCCUUGCGUAUCUUCUCCUUCUUCCCGGUGCCAGUCACUGUGAGGGCCCAUCUCACCGGGUGGCUGAUGACUCUGAAGAAGACCUUUGUCCUGGCCCCCAGCUCUGUGCUGCGGAUCAUCGUCCUCAUCACCAGCCUCGUGGUCCUGCCCUACCUGGGGGUACACGGAGCCACCCUGGGCGUGGGCUCCCUCCUGGCGGGGUUUGUGGGAGAAUCCACCAUGGUCGCCAUAGCAGCGUGCUACGUCUAUCGGAAACAGAAAAAGAAGAUGGAGAACGAGACUGCGGCCGAGGGGGAGGACUCGGCGAUGACGGACAUCCCGCCAGCAGAGGAGGGGACGGACGUCGUGGAAAUGCGAGAGGAGAACGACUAAGGCCGGGACGCAGGCGCAGCAGGGGCGCUCGAGAUGGCUCUGCAGCAUCGUCUCCUCUCCCGUCGUGUUUUGUUCUGUUCUUGGCUUUGGUUUUGGUUUUGGUUUAACGGAAGAGGCCUUGAUUGGAAGGUUUCGUGCAAACUCCCGGGCACACUGGGUAUGCCCGCCCUGCUGGGGGGGGGGGGGGGGACCUCGACGACGGUCUCCGCCACUGCUUUGUAAAAAACCAACGGAACAACCGAGUUCGCGCCCCCGCUUCCCGAACAUCCAGAAGACGCGGCUGCCUCGUAGAACGGGCCGUCUCCUCCUCCCUCGGACAAUCUCCACUUGGAACCAAAGGACUGCGGCUGUGCCAUCAGCGCCCUCGCCACCACUGCCCAGCAGGCCAGACUUGACCCCGUCCCUUUGCAUCUCUCUUAACGAAUCAGCAGGUUACAACUCGGCUUUCUUGGAUCGGCUUCCCAGGAGCAGGAGCCCAGCUGUACACAGAGACGUGGCCCCGGAGGCCUCCGCCCUGCAGCCCGGAGCCGUCUGCCACACUCGUGCGCGCGGGGGGUCCGCGACAGGCUGCGGCCUGGAGUGGCCGUUCACACUGAGGAAUGCACCUGUGAACGCGCUGCACGGACGGACGGACGGGCCUGACCUCCCCCCUGUAGGAAGGUUCGAGAUGCCAGGGGAGUCGCGCGGACUGAACGAUCGCCUUUCACCGGCAUUGCCCUAGGUUUGAGCGAGCUCCCGCGUUUCAGACCCCGCCGUGUACAUACAUGAGCUAACUUUUUUUAAGUUGUCACAAACGCGCAUCUCCAAAUUUCAGCGUCCUCCGGCAUGACUUUCCCCGAAGGCUUGUUUUUCACUCACCUUUCCUGAAGAUGGCGCUCGAGCAAGUGAAAUGGAGCAUUCUAACUUCGCGGUCUUAGUUCUUACAGUGAACUGAAGCUUUAAGUCAUAAUCUAGCAUUCUAAUGCCAGGUUGCUGUAUCGUAACUUUUGAAGUAGGUUCACUACCUGGUUCCGCUCCUUUUAGUCAUAACCAUGCGGUGCAGGUAAUUUCACGCCACACGAUAAAACAUUUUGUAAACGACAGCAGAGUCACUAUGUGAUACUCCCUGAAAUGACACAUUUGAAAUCCAUUCAGUGCAGUAUAUUUUUCUAAGUUUUGGAAAGCGGGUUUUUUCUUUAAAAAAUUAUGGACACAGUUCACUAAAUUCUUGAUGUAGUCAAAAUUCUAGACUGAAAGAACCUAAACACAAAAAUAUUUUAAAGAUAUAAAUAUAUACUGUAUAUGUUAUGUAAUUUAUUUUAGGCUAUAAUACAUUUCCUAUUUUCGCAUUUUCAAUAAAAGGUCUCUAAUACGAUACGGUGAUUGCUUGUGUGCUCCACGUACCUGCAGUUGAAACGUAUUGUAUUGUAUCUUCUUACAGUUUUACAGAGUCACUUGUAUAUAAAUGUGAGGAUCAGUAGAUGACAAGAGAACUAUUUUUAAUUCUGGGUGGGUGACGGGUGUAACUGGGAUCAGCUGGCAUAGACAAUAGUGGGAAUGGAAUACUUUGCCGGAAGGGCAAAAAAAGGAAAAAGGCGAGCCUUUUGUGUUUACUGUUUUCAGUGCUGUGUAAUCAUAUUGUUCCCCAUUAAAAAAAAAAAAAAAAAAGAAAAGAAAAAAGAAUGUAAGGGCAAGUCAGCCAUGACCAUCGCAGGGUUGCAUUCACGUUUCUGGACAAGUGACCCUUGGGCGUGCCCACCAUGGGGACAAAUCUUCAUGUGCUUCCCCCGAGCGACUUUUCCUUCCAUAUAUAUGAGCGCUGGAAAUUAAGAUGCACAGCCUUUGGGUGGUUUCAGGGGCAGAUCUGAGAAGACGGGGGAAACGUCUAAUUGUAUCAGCUUUUUAAAAGUACGUGACUAGAAAAUUAAACAGCAGUAUUUUUUAA